AUGGAAUUGGAAUUGCUGAAGCAAAAAAUCGAAAUGUUGAUGAGCUGUGGUGUUAAACCGGAUCACAUUCUUCGCGACAUGAAUGUGUUGUUUCGAGCCAAAGAAGUGAUAGAAGGAAGAUUGGAAUUCAUUAAAAAAUGCGGUAUUGAACGAGUUAUGCCAUGGAUGAUCAAGUGUGAUGACCAAGUUCUAUGCAGGUCAAUUGAGAUUCGAAAUCAACGUGGAACGGAACAAAACAAAACGCUUGAGCUGUUGACCGGUCGACUGAAUUGGCACGGUCAAACGGCCAAUUCCAUGUUCAUGAAGAACAAAUUUUUACAGAAGCUUGAUUAUGACACGACAUCGCAAUUGCUGGACGAACUGUUACGAAUAUUUUCACCGGAUGACAUUACCGCAAACAUUGGCCUGUUGAGUCAUUCGGUGGCGCAUGUAAAAAUACGAGUGGCCGAAUUGACAACCUUAAAUAAAUCCCACGGCAUCUCACCGCAACUACUCAAUAUGAGCGAUAUAAAAUUCAAGCAAUUUUUGAAAAGAGUAAAAAAUAACUAA